AGCGCUGCGCUCAUUGCCCCAACAAUUUUCAACCGCGCCGCUUGUGUGCUCGUUCGCCGUCCGAGAAAUCCGAAAGAUAUCAACAAAAAGAUGGAUACUUGACGUAUUGCCACGAGAAAUAUUCCGAAAUAAUGUUAUUUGUGUGCCGGGACUGCUAAACGAUUUUCGGUUCCAUUUCGAAUGCAGAAAACUCGGACUUUGACGCCUUUUUUCGUAUUUUUUCGUUAAUUUUCGCAACGGUUACGAGUUUUGUGUGGUUGUUGUAAACGCGGGCGUCGUAAACAACAACAAACAAGUGCAGUGGAGUUGUUGUACGCUUCAGAACUGAAAAAGUGAAGGAGGAAAUAGGAAAAGUGUGAGUGCAGCAGAGGCAAAUCAAUUGAAGUGAAAAUCGAAGUGGAUUGGAAAUCGUCAGGCGAAAAAUCUUUUAGUUUCUUUUUUUUUUUGCUGUUAUGAGUUCUAUGCAUAUGUGUGGGUUUGUGGGCGAAGAAAGAGCGAGAAUUCUUCGCCCGGAUAACGGAUCUUCGAUCUCGAUUGCGUGUGUGUUUGCUAGUGUUUGCGCAAAUUAAAAAUCAAUAAAAAAGCAAGGGGGCAACCAUUCAGGGCAUAUAAUAAAGUGUGUUCAAACUUUAACUGGGCAGAAAUCGUAAAAAAGUAAAGAAAUGCAAUUGUUGCAUACAAACAAACAUACGUGUACGUAUAUAGCGGUGGCAGCGACGCCGGCAGAAUCAAAGCAGAGCGCAAAUCGCAAGCCAGCAAAAAAUAAAUAAAACACCUUUUCCACCACGUUAAAAUUGUUAUUGUCUUAUGGUUUUCGGCUACUUCAACAUAAUAUUCAACCGAAAUCAACACAUUACUCGCACCUUAUUAAAUAAACCCACAAAGAUACACACAUAUGCAUAGCGAAAAGUGACUGACCAGUAAAAAAGAAAAGAGAAAGACGACUGCGAUUACCAAUCCAAUAACAAAAGCCCGUCGGCACGUGUUAAACAAAACCAAUUCCGUUGUGCAACAUUAAUAAUUCAAUUCUUCUGCAGUCAAUGUAAAAUACAAAAUAUCAAGUGAACUUUAUAACAUAUCAAAUACCAACUUACAUAUCAUAUUUAUAAUUAUUGUUAUAAAAAAAGAAAGGAAUAGAACGGAUACCGCUUGCAAAACAAUCUUAAAACAAGUGCACACCACUGGAGGACACAUAUCAAGCCCGUCGAAAGCAUAUCAAAGCCAACGAGUGAUACGAGGAGUAAAAAACAAUUUAUCAAGUUCCCAAGUUCCCUAGACCCUCGCACCUUCCCCACAACCCCAAAGAAACCCCGGUUCCCAGACUCAGACCCAGACACCCCCAACCCCAUUGAACCAAACCGAACUGAAAACGAACCGAAGAGAAAGAAAGUAAACCUACCGUGACUAGCCGGCCCCGUCGAGUCCGCGUACCAAGUUAGUCAACUACAAAUAAUGCGCAUACAAUAGGAUCGAUGUUACCGCAAAACUGUAUGUCCCUCCAUGAUAUUCCCAAGCGAAAAGAAGAAAGAGCUAUGGCGUUAUGCGCUCAGAAACAGUCUGGGUCCGUGCGAUGGGGCGCCAGCAGUGCCUGCCGUCCAGCCACCACGGCCGCCGCCCCCUCCACAUCGACCCCGCCCUCAUCUCUGCUCCGGCUACUCCUGCGACGAGGAGGAGGAGGACUCCUUGGCGAUGCGCCAACAGACGCCGCCGCCGCCCUACAGCUCCAUGUCCUGCGCCAUGGACUGCUCCGGCUCCAACUCCGGCUCCUAUUGCCACAGUCUGAGUCUGAGCCACCACCACCACAACAACAACAACAACAACAGCCACCCGUACCGCCGCCUGCCAAAUCACAAGGAUCCGUUGCCACCGCAACCGCCACCGCCUCCGUCAGCAUCCGACCGCUGCUGUACCGCUCCUGGCUACAGUUGCGCAAGCUCCUGCGACGAUAUGUUGAUCGACGGAAGCGAUCAGGAGCGGAGUCGGGAGAGGGAACGGAAUCCGAUUCAGGUUCAGCAGGUGGACCGCCGGAUGCUGAGUGCCACCAGCUUUGCGACCAUGUUUCGGAAUUGCUGUGGCGGCGCCUCGGAGUCCACGACCAGUGGAUCCACACCCACGAUUCCAGUCACCACCGCCCAUCAGCCACAAAAUCAAGUGCAGAAUGUGAAACGGAUACGCGAGGAGUUCGAUGCACUGAUGAAGCAGCUGAAGCGCAAGCAGAUGGCCGAACUCCUGCUGGCGAUCAAGAGUCGCGUGGAUCCGCCGACCAGGACGCAACGCGAUGCCGGCGUCACCGGCGCCUCCACCGCUCCCACCUACCUGCAGUGCAUCCUGAUCCCCUCCGCAACGCAAGCGGAUCGGGAGCAGCAUGUGACCGCCAGCCGACUGUUCUUCUGGGCGGGAUUGAGGAGCGGCGAGGAGCUGAAGCGACUGCCCGUCUGCCCCGCCGCCUUCGACUCCAUCUACACAUGCUGCAACCCGCUGCACUGGUUCCGCAUCCUGCACCAGCCCGACUCAGAAGCCCAACCGCCGCCAUACCAACGCUCAAAAAUGCAGAGACUGAGAGAUGCAGAUUCCGAAGAAGACUCGCAGAACGAUGCAAAUUCGGCGGCGCUGAGCACGUGGAGUGCCCAAAGCAGCAGCAUUUCGUGCAUCUUCAAGACGCCUCUCCUCGAGUCGUUCACCACUGAUGGAAAAGAUCACAACAGCAAGGUCUGGUGCCAAAUCGCCUACUGGGAGAUGGCCCACCGAGUCGGGGAGUUCUUUAACGCCAGAACAAAAGCAGUCAAUAUCUAUACGGAUGGGAUCGUAGGCAGUGAGGGGGACAGCAUGUGCCUACGUGACCUUGCUCCCGCAGGCAAACAGGUCCAGUCAGAGCAGGUGCAAACCACGCGGCAGAAGGUCGGAUUGGGGGUCACAUUGAGCCUGGAGAACGGCGAUGUUUGGAUCUACAACCGUGGAAAUACACCCGUUUUCGUGGAUUCGCCCACCCUGGCUGAAAACAUGGAUCGUGUGUGCAAAGUGAUGCCCGGCUACUGCCUGAAGGCCUUUGAAACAAUUAGGGCUCAAUCGCUAAGUAUGGAACAGCAGGGAAAUCACCACAUGGGACCCGUCGACUACUUCAGCAUUAAGAUCAGCUUCGCCAAGGGCUGGGGCCCCGCCUACAAAAGACAGGACAUCAUGGGCUGCCCCUGCUGGCUGGAGGUGCACUUCAGCCACCUGCGGUGACAGUAUCUUCUCCAGGCCCUUUCGGCAGGACCUCAUCCGGCAUCUGAUCAACUGGCGGAGCCGCUGGACUGCGGAUUCGGAUUCGGAUGCGACAAGGUGGGCAGCUGGCGAUCGCGCCAACUGCUUCGGAAGGCGCAGAGGCUGCUGACCAGGCUGUGCCGACAGGUGUGCGCCCUGACGGAUUAUCCGGCGACGAGGACGAGAUGGAGGUGCCUGGCGGGCAGGAGAUCGAGCCGCCAGCUAAGCACUAAACAACCAAUAAUUUGGAACAACAAAGGACUGCAUAAGAAAUCAUUUUAAAUGUUAAUAUACAUAAUUACGAAACAAGUUUCAAUUACUGCUAGUAGACACAUCGAAAUUAAUUUUAACGCAUCUGAGUGGCAUUAAGUGAGAGAGGAGAGGAGUCGAGCAGGGGCUGCGAGUCGGGGCGAAAUACAUAGUAAUUGAUUGUUAAAAAUACUUAGCAAAAAUUGAAAUCCUGUGAUUCACUCUAUAUAUAUAUAUACACAUGUAGUAUGUACCGACGCGUGGGGCUAGAGCUCCAUUGCCAGUAGCUAUAUGAUAUGUAUAAAUAUUUAACUUAUAUAUACAUACUUAACGGAAGGCACAUCAGGGUUAACAGUUUCGAGAAUGGCAGAUAGUCUAGUUACGAUGGAACAUUCAGAAGCCACUACUUUUUCUAUGCGACGUUUUUAAAAGAACCCAAGCCCAUAAUUUAUACCCCACCCAAAAUGAAACCAAACAUCACUGAAAUACAAAUCUGUUCAGUAGUAACUGCAUAGAUCGUAGGCUAAUAAAAAAUAACAAUAUUAACUAAAUUCGACUCGGUUUAAGACUCUAGCGCAUAGGGAUGCAAUUGGCUUUAAGAAAGCAUACGUCAUGUUCGAACAUUAUUUGUUUUAUGUUGAUAUUUUGACUGUUUUCGUUGUCAUAACCAUACAUACAUUUUUUAUAUUUAAACUUUAAUGUAAAAUGUAUAAAACCUACAGCAGUUAGGUAACUUUAAUUAUGUUUAUUUAAAUCUGAAAUCAUCUUUCGUCCAUUCAUUGUUCACAAUCACAAGCCCCAACUUCGGUUGCAUUUCCACCUGUAGGAAAUGGCAAUUCGAGGAUUUGGUGUAUUAGUUAAAAUCCAUGCGCUAGGUCUUUUAACCUCUGUACCAAACCAAACCGUAUGUAGGCCAUCCUAGAAUCCCAGCCUUGUAUGUAUUUCGUUCUAAGAAUAAAUGCGAUCCACGUAAAACUAUUGUUACCAUUUUUCUCACUGUUAAAGGAAGACCGUGUUCAGUAAAUUCAUAAAGCAAAUAGGUACGUGCCUAUUGUAUGUACAUUUUAAUUCCAAAAAAGCACUAUAAAAAGUAGUAACAACUUUAAACGUACUCAUGAGCAAAGUUACUAGGAUGAUUUUAAAAAUUUCUCCGCAUGUAAAAUUGCAUUGUAAAAAGUCUGAUGACCAGGCAAAAUACAUACAAUAGCUUCAAUAUGAUCAAAUAUUUAAUCAGUGCAGUUAUACUGUUAAGUUUAAAAAAUUGUAAUAAAAUUUCAAUAUAUUUACAAAAACAA